ACUUUGAAAAAAAUCCUGCACUCACUGGGUCUCUCUGUGUACUGUCUUCCCCUUUUCCAUUUCUUGUAAACAAAGUCCAUAACAUUCGUCUCUCAGAUCCUUUCCUCUUAGAUCAUCAAAUCCAUUCCUUUUUUUCACCAAAACAUGAGGGAAAUCAUAAGCAUUCAUAUAGGUCAAGCUGGUAUUCAAGUCGGUAACUCAUGUUGGGAGCUUUACUGCCUUGAACAUGAAAUCCAACCCGAUGGAAUGAUGCCCAGUGACACCUCUGUAGGUGUAGCAAAUGAUGCUUUCAACACUUUCUUUAGUGAAACUGGUUCAGGGAAACAUGUUCCUAGAGCUGUGUUUGUGGAUCUGGAACCUACUGUGAUCGAUGAAGUUAGGACUGGGACUUACCGACAACUUUUCCACCCUGAACAGCUUAUUUCUGGCAAAGAAGAUGCUGCCAAUAACUUUGCCAGAGGCCAUUAUACAAUUGGGAAGGAAAUUGUGGAUCUUUGCCUUGACCGUGUUAGGAAGUUAGCUGAUAACUGCACUGGUUUACAAGGGUUUCUUGUGUUCAAUGCUGUUGGUGGUGGAACUGGUUCUGGUCUGGGAUCUUUGUUGUUAGAACGCUUGUCGGUGGAUUAUGGUAAAAAGUCAAAGCUUGGUUUCACCAUCUACCCUUCACCACAGGUCUCAACAGCUGUUGUGGAGCCUUACAACAGUGUUCUGUCUACUCAUUCCCUUCUUGAGCACACUGAUGUGGCUGUGCUCUUGGAUAAUGAAGCAAUUUAUGACAUAUGCCGUCGUUCCCUUGAUAUUGAGAGGCCAACUUACACUAACUUGAACCGUUUGAUAUCUCAAAUCAUAUCAUCCUUGACAACUUCUUUAAGGUUUGAUGGAGCUAUCAAUGUGGAUGUUACUGAGUUUCAAACCAAUUUGGUUCCAUACCCCCGUAUCCAUUUCAUGCUCUCUUCAUAUGCACCUGUCAUCUCAGCUGAGAAAGCAUACCAUGAACAAUUGUCGAUUCCCGAGAUUACAAAUGCUGUGUUUGAGCCUUCAAGCAUGAUGGCAAAAUGUGACCCUAGGCAUGGGAAGUACAUGGCAUGUUGCUUGAUGUAUCGGGGAGAUGUUGUCCCCAAGGAUGUUAAUGCUGCUGUUGCUACCAUCAAAACGAAGAGGACUGUGCAGUUCGUUGACUGGUGCCCUACUGGCUUCAAAUGUGGUAUUAACUAUCAGCCUCCAACUGUUGUACCCGGAGGAGAUCUCGCUAAGGUGCAGCGAGCUGUUUGCAUGAUAAGCAACAACACAGCAGUGGCUGAGGUGUUUGCACGCAUUGACCACAAGUUCGAUCUCAUGUACUCGAAGAGAGCUUUCGUGCAUUGGUAUGUUGGUGAGGGCAUGGAAGAAGGAGAGUUCUCUGAAGCUCGUGAGGAUCUGGCUGCUCUCGAAAAAGAUUAUGAAGAAGUCGGAGCCGAAGGUGUAGAGGACGAAGAGGAUGCCGAAGACUAUUGAUGUUCGUAUGCUGAAAUAUUUACUUUUGAAUAUCAGCUGUGUGUUUAAGGGUAUUCCUAUCUUUUGUUCUUGUGUAGCACCGUCUUCCUGUGUGCCGUAUGAUUGUUAAAUUGUGCCCAUCAUUUGCCUAAGGGCUUUUUAUGCUAUCAAUGAAGUAAUAUUUAUAGUUGUGUUUGUCA